UGGUUGGGGUCGCCGGAGUGGUUGGGGGCACUGCCGUUCUGCCCUGUGACGCUGCCCACCCACCCACCGACUCCAUUGUCAUCCUCCUAUGGUUUCGAGACCCGCUGACGACGCCCAUCUUCAGGAUGGACAGACGCACGCAGGGCCGCAGGGAGGAAAAGAAGAAGAAAAAGAAGGGGAACGAGCAGGACGAGGAGACAGAAGACGACGAGGAGGCAGAAAGGACCUCUAGACAGGACGAGGAAGCGAACGAGGCUGACCACAGUGAUGGGAACCUUGUGGCGAUGGAUAGACCUCGGCUCUGGUGGGAUGACGGGAGGAUAGGCGACCGGGCGAGACUGGAAGUGUCUGGCCCAGGGGUGGUGUUGCGCGUCAGUCGCCUUAAGAUGGAGGACAAGGGACUGUACACAUGCAGGGUUGAUUUCCGCCUUCAGCCCACCAAGACCACGAGAGUGAAUCUGACUGUCGUUGAGCCCCCGGAAAGAGUGGAGAUACAGAUGGAGGGGAAGGAGACCCCCCUGGUGUCCCCAGGAGGCGCCUCGGUUACCAGGGUGGGGCCGUACCUGGAGGGAGAGGUCGUACGGUUCACCUGCGUCGCCCGGGGAGGGUCGCCGCGGCCGCGGGUGUCAUGGCGGGCAGGGACGCGCCUCCUGGACGCCAAAACGGAGAGAGACGGCGGGGACCUGGACGCCACCACCAACUCCCCUGAGGCCGCGCCCCUCACGCUCGCCCCCGCCAGGAGGACGCAGCACCAGCCGAAGGAGGAGGACCCGCACAGCACCCUCACCCUGGGUCCCCUGCGGCGCCACCACCUCCACCUCGUGCUGACCUGCGAGGCCACCAACAACAACAUCACCAGCCCCGUCUCCCUCGCCAUCGCUGUUGACAUGAGUCGUGAGUAUAAGCCCCUCACUGCUACCUCAUGCCCCCUCAUUUCCUCCAUCUUCGUUUUCCUCCACCUAUUCCUCCUCCUGCUCCACAUCAUUCUUCUCAGUCCUCAGGGAAAGGAAACGACCCACACUUCUAUUCCAGUGCUUAGCUUUAUUACUGUUUCAUUAAUUAAGGCUAAGGCCGGGAACGAUAUGCCUUUCACUCCUAUUUCCGGUCAUGAUUCUUUACUACCGGCAUUACGGGGAUGUACUGUAUUUGUUUGCACUCCCAAUACAUGCUGUGGCCAGCCGACAUUAUCCCGUCGAGUGCCAGGUGGUCAGGGCCGUCCGCCCCCCGCCGUAACCUGGAGGAUAGGUCAGCGGCCCCCCCUCCCUCAGGCCGAGGUCACGACGCUGGAAGGAGGAAACAUCACAAGAAGCAGACUGUCCUUCAUACCUGGCAGGAAGGAUGACGGGGCCACGCUCACCUGUACAGCCUCCACGGUCAGCCCCAACGCUACCCUCGCCACCGCCCACCAGCUCGCCGUCCAAUACAUGCCCUCGGCCUGGUGUAGCUUCGGCUCGUCGCUCGACUGGGCCAACAUCAAGGAGGGCGAUGACGUUUACUUCGAGUGCUCCAUCGACGCCAACCCUCCGGUGACGCGGGUGACUUGGAGGCACAACGACGCCCCGCUGGGUCACAACGUAUCGGCGGGCAUUAUCGUGAGCAACCAGAGCCUCGUCCUCCAGCGGGUAGUUCGUGCGCAGGCUGGGCGUUACUCCUGCCUGGCCCACAACGCCGUCGGGACCUCCGCCUCCAAUACGCUGCGUCUCGAUGUCAAGUUCGCACCUGUCUGCUCCCCCGGCCAAGUGACCACGUACGCCGUCAGCAGGUACGAGGACGCCGAGGUGACCUGCUCGGUGGACGCCAACCCGCUGCAGGAGUCCUACCAGUGGACCUUCAACAACACGGCGGACACCAUAGACGUGCCGCAGGGCCGCUUCACCUCCCUGAGCAGUCACAGCGUCAUCACCUACACGCCGAUGACGCCCCUGGACUACGGCACCCUCCUCUGCUGGGCCACCAACCCCAUCGGCACCCAGAAGCUGCCCUGCGUCUUUCACAUAGUGCCAGCGGGCAAGCCGGAGCCCCCCACUAACUGCACGGUGCUGGGAGGCGGAGUGCGGGAGGUGCGGGUGCGGUGCGAGGCGGGGGCGAGCGGAGGGCUGACACAACACUUCCUGCUCACUGCCAGUCCCACCCACCUGUCCGCCCCCCACCUGUCCAACCCCCAGCCCCUCAACCUCACCGCCCUAGAGGAGCCGGAGUUUCUGGUGGAGGGGCUGGCGGUGGGGGGCAGGUACCAGCUGAGGGUGAGGGCCGUGAACGACAAGGGUAUGAGCGAGCCAGCUGUUCUCACGGUCAGCAGCCGCAGCACCAACGGAACGCUCUACCAGCUGUACGACGGACCCUCGGAGGCGGAGGUGCGGGACGGCGGGAAGAGCCCACACGGAGGCGAGGACGAGGACGAGGAGGGGAGCGACGACCCUAUUCUCGGCGCACUCGAGAUUCCGUCCGUCCUCGCCGCGGCCCUCGGAGCAGGAUGCGGCCUAAUCCUCCUCGGCCUCCUACUCAUCCUCCUCUUGAUCUUCCGCGGCAGGAGAAGAAGGAGGAGGGAAGGACAGGCUCAUCAGACGACCCCUUCCCCCUCCUCCUCGUCCUCCUCCCUCGCCCCUGGCCGCUGCCUGUCGCUAAGGGGCAAAGGGGAGUCCAAGGGCAGAGCGGCCGCCAGCAGAGCCACGCCCAGCAGGAGUGAGAGCACGGCAGCCAUGUUGAGUCCAGGCCACGGAGACACCUGCUUGGAGAGGGACAUGCAGGUUGACCCCGAGAGUGACCCCGAGCCUGACGUCAUACCCCUGAGGGAGUCCAGUGGCAGCGUGGUGGGGAUCGUGGGGGGCGGCCCGGCCACUGUGCUGCCCCCCGAGGGAUACACCUGUCUGCCCCCCGCCUUCCGUGCCCCCCAGUGUCUGGCGGACUUCACAUACACUGGCGUGGAUCCCUUAGCCUCCAGUCACGCCCCAGUGCUGCCUCAAGGGGCGUACUAUCCCGGGGAACAUCUUUUGCAACACUCAGGCUACCUCCACGACCCCCUGCAGGGCUCCAUAUCCCCCAGGAGGUCCCCAGCGCCCCCUCCGCCCCUUUAUCAAGACUUCGAACCGCUGGAGCCGCGUCUGCCGCCCCCCGAUGACUUCCUCGACCCCGACAGAAGGAGGGCGAGCGGCGGCAGCAGACAGGGGAGCCACGAGGACCCUGACACGCCGAGCACGCCACUGCUUAGAAGGGGCGAGAGUUGUGUCUGAUGCCAACCCGAGGAUGAGCCAUUGGAAUAGAUGUGGGUGUAGGUUCUUCCUGCCUGUGUGUAUGUGGGUGUGGGUGUGUGGGUGUAUUUUAGGGUGAGAGAGCCCCUCCCCCCUCCCAUCGGUAAGACAACAGACGUCACAGUGAAAUGUCCCUUUUUCUUCGGUGUGUAUGUGUGUGUUUAAAGUUAAGUGAAGGAUCUACCGUUCAAGUCGAAGAAAGCGAAGGUGUUCCCAGAGUUGGUGUUCGUAAAGUUAAAUGUCCAAACCCAGAGUGAGUUUCGUUUGUGCCAAAGACUUAAGUGGUGGAGAGAGAGAGAGAGAGAGAGAGAGAGAGAAAUCAUUGUCACGUUCGGUAAUGUAUUGUAAAGAUAAUAAGUCUGGUUACCUGGAAAACACGACGACGAAAACAACGAGGAGGAGACCAGAAGGAAAGAGAAGGAGGAGGAGGAGGAGACAGAGACGACGAGGCGUGUGGGACAAACUAACAAAAACUAAUACAAAUCAUCUAACUUGUUUUUACACAUUUCCAUAAUCCACAUUUUUGCCUGUAAACCCAUUUCGUAGGUGAAUAAAACGAUACCUUUGCCUUCCUCGACCUGAUUAACCAUACCUGCCCGCCUCUUCU